AUGGACAUUUUCUCCAAAGCUCCAUUUGUCUGCAAGGGCAGUGUGGUUUCUUCCCAGCCAGAGGAGGCAGAUGUGUUCUUGAGAGCGCCUUUUACCAAGAAGAAAAGCAUAGAGGAACUAACAGUUGCCCAGAGCACCUCCCAGGAAUUGCCUACACAGGCUAGUCUCCUCAGUCAGACGGGUGAUGUCCUGACAGGAGUUAGCCCUCUGCUCUCGGGCCUUGAUAGAGCCGUGUAUCCCUCUGUCCGAGCUCAGUAUUCCAUGGCUGGUUUUGUCCAACAAUCUAACCUCCCCUCCUACUCUGUACAAGCAGCAGACCAUCUUGACAGCAUCUCUUCCCGAGGAUCCUCCCUGGAACUUGGAGGCCAUCCUCAUGAUAGAAACAAAGGACCUCAGCCUCAGAAAGAAGCAGUCUCAAGCCCUGUGUCUGGCAAACCAUUCCUCCCCCCAUCUUUAUCCAAAUAUUCCCGUCACUAUAGCCCAGAAGAUGAGCCAAGUCCAGAAGCCCAGCCCAUUGCUGCCUACAAAAUUGUCUCUCAAACCAACAAGCAGUCAAUAGCUGGCUCUGUCUCCAUCACGUCCCUCUCCUCCAGGACUACAGAAUUGCCGGCUGCUGAUCCUUUUGCUUUAGCUCCCUUUCCUUCAAAAUCAGGCAAGCAGAAACCUUAG